ACUACUCGAAUUCUCCAACUCGCCAACUUCUACGCAAAUCUCUAAUCAGUGCAAUUUCUGUGAUCAUUUCAAGGACAAUGGGCCGUUCUAGUCGAACAAUUUACGUUGGUAACCUUCCUGGGGAUAUUCGCGAGACUGAAAUUGAAGACUUAUUUUACAAGUAUGGGCAUAUCGUUGAUACUGAUUUGAAAACGCCUUCAAAAGCACCCGUGUAUGCUUUUGUGGAGUUUGAAGAUUCGCGUGAUGCUGAAGAUGCCAUUCAUGGCCGAGAUGGAUAUAAUUUUGAUGGCUAUAGGUUAAGGGUCGAACCAGCAUAUGAAGAGAGAGGAUCCUCAUCCUAUAGUGAAAGUGGUCGCCGUGCUUCAAGACGUUCUGACCACAGGGGACGAUCAAGUAGCACUAUUUAUGUGGGUAAUCUUCCUGGAGAUGUUCGGGAGAGUGAAGUUGAAGAUUUAUUUCACAAGUAUGGGCCUAUAGUUGAUAUUGAUUUGAAGACCCCUCCAAGACCACCUAUUUUUGCUUUUGUUGAGUUUGAAGAUCCUCGUGAUGCUGAUGAUGCCAUCCGUGGAAGGGAUGGCUACAAUUUUGAUGGCCAUCGAUUACGGGUUGAACUUGCUCAUGGUGGCCGAGGAUCAUCAUCCAAGGAUCGUAUCAGCAGUUACAGCAAUGGAAGUAGUCGCGGUGGACUUUCAAAGCAUUCUGACUACAGGGUCUCGGUAACUGGACUCCCUUAUUCUUCUUCGUGGCAAGACUUAAAGGAUCAUAUGCGUCAGGCUGGGGAUGUAUGCUUUUCUGAAGUUUAUCGUGACCGUUAUGGCAUGCGGGGGAUUGUUGACUACACAAAUUAUGAUGACAUGAAAUAUGCAAUAAAAAAGCUUGAUGAUUCUCUUUUCAAGAACCAGUUUUCUCGGUCUUAUAUAAGGGUGGAGGAAUUCGAUGCUAGACGUAGUUAUUCAAGGAGCCCUAGCAGAAGUGUUUACUCAAGAAGCAGAAGUCCCAGCCGCAGCUACAGUGACAUGAGUAGAAGGUCUUCUGCUUCUGUUUCGAGAUCUGUGUCCCCACCUCCCUCAGCGUCAAGAUGUGGAUUUGCGUUGUGGUCUGGGGAUUGCAUGUUAGGAUCUUGAUGCUAUGCAAUGCUCAAAUUCACGCGCUCAAUUCUUUCUGGUGGUCGGUAAGCAUCUGCAGCGAAAUGAGAUGGUAAUUCAUUCUAGUAUGCUGUGUGUGGCCAAAGCCGUUAAUAACAUUAUACAAGUCCUACUUACAACGCAGUUAAUAUUAUUCUAUCCAAAAAAUAGAGGUUGAAAUAUUAGUCAAUGGCCUGUUGUGGAGUUGUGCAAAAUGGUACAGAUUAUAGGAGGGAGUAAUUUCCAGCUUCCUUGCAAGUAAAAAUAUUUUGUAUUAUUAUUGUAUAAUGUUGCAUAUAUCUGAUACGGAAAUGUGAUGCCUUAUUGAAUGAAUAUGAAUCGACAUGCAACCUCACUCAUGCACACACUUGGGCUUGAAACCCCUGAUAAAUACUUAUUGAUUCUUUUACGUGAAUAU